AUGCUUGCCGACAUUCCAAAUGAACUCAUAAUUCAUAUCCUUGGUAUAGUACUAAAAGAAACAAGUUUUAAGAAGAUCUGUCAACUCAUGCGAACAUGUAAACGAUGGAAAAAACUGAUUCCUAUAGUAAUUAAAGACGAGAUCUCAAAGAAUUUCACAAGUGGCUGGAUGAUCGAGGACAUAUCAUUGCAUAAUAUUGAUUCUCGUGCGUUCUCUCACAAAUUCGGACUCAAAUCCGGUCUUUCAUUUCUAGACUAUUCCCCUUCCCUAAACACUUUCUAUUUCAUGCGUGUCAUCUCGAAACGUGAUAUCGGCUUUGUUUCUUCUUCUUCUCAUGCUAAAUAUUACCUCUACCUAUAUUACUCGAUAUACAAUUUCCAAUGUUUUCGUGUGAUGCACGAUACGGAGGCCAACAAUUCUUUUAUGUUACUGUUAGAAAGUGAAUUAGGGAGGUGUGUGGGCGUUGUUCAUGUAGAGAAAUAUGUUGAUGGAAAGAAGAGAAACUAUGAGGAGGGAAAAGAUGAAAAGAUGACGGUGAAUUUCUUGGUAAAGGAAGAAGUGAUAUUCGGGAUUUUGGAUAGAUAUAAAAAUAAAGGGGUGAUUGUAAAAUCAGAACCAUUAUG